GUUGUAUGCAGGGGCAUCGCAUUUCACAUCUGGAGAAAGCAGAUGUUGCUCUUUUUGGGAAGCUCGCGCUGCGUUUCCGCGCUGUCAUUGUUUCCGUUUCCACCUCCGAGAAGCCUCACGCCUCCACAUAUCUUUUUGUUUUGCCUUGAAUCCGUUACGUUACGUGGUAGUUUCUGCUUUCUGUAGUUUGAGAAAAGUUGAUAACUUUCAUUUUUUUCCAGCCAUGGGGGACAUCGAGGCUCCCAACUCAAAUCGGCCACACCAGAAUGUCCUUCUCUCUGUUCUUCCGAGCAAAGAGUUCGCCUCCUCUAGGAAAGGAAUGCUGCUUAUUGCUGAAGUGGCGCUGUCCUUUAUAUCAUUUGUGUGUUUCGCGGCGUCCACAGCAGCAGCCUUUGUGACAGUUCCCCUGUUGGAGUUCCUGGCGGCUCUCUUCUUGUUGUUCGCUUACACCACCAAAUUCAAUGAGAGGUUUAAAGGCUUCCUCUGGCCUCUAAUGGAUUUCAUGAGAUGUGUGACCGCCUCCAUUAUCUUCUUCAUCAUCUCAAUAAUUGCAGUGUCCAAAUAUGUGGACGGUUCUUCUAAGGCUGCUGGGAUAUUUGGGUUUAUUGCCACCAUUGUUUUUGCUUUAGAUUUUUACCUCAUUUUUAAUGAGCUGGCCACUUUCCUGAAGCAAGGGGGAGGGGAGUCCAAUGAGGAGCCAUCAAGACAGCAAGAUGAGUUUUCAGACUCGGAUUCGGACUGAGACCACAGACCAGCACCACAAGGAGAUCUUCCAUAGCUGAUAUGUCUGAUCAUAUAAAACAUCCACUGCUGAGCUAUCAUCUGCAAAGAUGCAGACGUCUUUUAUUAUGUCACACGGUUACAAGAAUACUAUGUACAGUAUAAAUCACAUCAAGGUUGGAUUAUUGGUUGGUUAAAUACAUGCAUUCAUUAGUAGUUGAGGGACUUUCUUGCUACAGUCUCCUAGAGCCAAGGAAGGGGGACCAGACCCUGUUCACUUCUUCUGUUGAGCAUCCAAUGGUAGAAAUGUAUUUAUGUCUAUACAUUCAGGAAACAAGUCUAAACGGAUGCAUCAAAUAUGUUUAAAUUACAUUACAAGCACUUUUUUUAAAUAAUGCUUUCACGCUCAUAUCCAGUGUCUUAGGUGAUUUGAGAAAAAUAUAAAUGCCAACCUGAUACUUAAAUAAUUAUAAAGCUGUGAAAUUGUUCUUAAAAGCUGUGGGAGCAUGUCUCUAAAUCUGAAAUAAUGACUAAUAUUGACAUUUAUUUCUUCAUAUUACUCUAUUUACAGACAUAUUAAACUACAACACUAAAUGAACGUCCUUAGUGAAUAAAUGUUUAGGAGUACUAAUAAUGAAGUAGGUAAGUGGAGCAUCAUCUUCAUCAUCAUUUAUAAUUUUACAGUAUUACCAAAAAUAUUGUAUGUACAAUAUUUAGAAGAUUGGAGGUUGGCUGGUUACAACCUCUGUCCAAUUGUCUAAAAACUACAAGCGUGUAUUUUCAUAAUUUGAGGAUAAUGUCUGUUUAUCUGCCUUUAAAUUUGACUUUUGGGUCAACAGCGUUCCUGUGGCGUUCUGUAGUGCAUGACAUCUUCUGGGUCAUUACAUUUUUUUAUGUCCCAAAAUGUUAAAGUAGAUAAACAUUUUCAUUUUCAACACUUUCAAUUAACCCAAAAUUCAAGUUCAUUCAAGUUUGUCUGCUGUAUAUGCUUCUUACAACCUGUGUUUGAAUCACUGUGCAUUGAAGCCACUAAAUGCAUUAUUAUUUUGUUCUAUAUGUGAAUCUUUUGUGUGUAUUGAAAAGCAUCCAUGCUUAUUGGUUGUGCAUUCACUUGUUUUUGCAUGUAUUUUUGAGUCUUCAGUUCUUCCACUGCCACUGCUGAAGAACUGGAUGCAGUAGAACGCCACAGUGACUGUUAUUUGCAUUUACACUGCACUACUAAGUGUUACAACAGCACUGUGAAUUGAAAAUGGAUGAAUUAACGGCUGUUCAGAGCAAUUGGCAUAUUCAUAGUUAAGAAAAAGAAAAAUACUACCAAAGUUGCAAUUCUAUCCAAUAACUAUUCACCAUUGUGCUUUUUAUGGGAGAGUUUUGAUAGUUUGUUACUUCUGUUGGUUUAUCUAUAUUAAGAUUUUUUUAAAAUGCUGCCCAGGCAGGAAUAUGCAAAAGUCGUUAAUAAAUUAAGACUAAAAUUGAGAAUUAGCUCUUGAUACCAGCUGAGAGCUUUAUGUGCACACAUCUGCCAUGGAAGGAAUUCUUUAGUUCAUCUGCAAAAUUCAACAUCACCAAAUCUGGAGAUGCAUGGUUUUCACUGGACAGCUACAAAACUCACCUAUACCCCUUUGCCAAAAAAUAAAAAUAAAAUAAAAAAUCCCGAUUAAGAUGAACACAGCACCGUUUUAUAAAUGAGGGCCUCUUGCUGAACUAUUGCUGGUGAGAUAUCAAGUUUGUUUAUUUACUGUUUUGUGCAAAAAAUGUUGCAUGAAUGAAUAAAAAGCUAAUUUCAA